AUGAAUACAUUUCGUCGAUUAACUGAAAAGGCUUGUAACGUUACUGUGUCUAGGUCACUAGCAGAUACCGGUGCUUGGAUUUGUGACGGAACACUCCCAUACGAAACGUACACAUCUAUGGAUCUUUGUGUUUGUGCAACCGAUAAUUGUUACCAAAAUUUAACUUCUUGUCAAAAUUCAGCUAAUACUACUAUGAGUAUGGUGGCAUCGACAGAUUUCAUGCCGAAUCUAACUUCGCUUGUUUCAUGCAACGCCACAUUCAAUGGAAAUUUUACAUGUAGCAUGCAUCCAUUUAUCAACAUUCCACAGUGUAAAGAUUAUGCCAGAGAUAAUAGUGUAUUAUGUGCAAUCACAAUCAGUGGAACUACGACAACACAAGAAUCCUUAAUCGGCGAAAGCUACGAAACUUAUCUUUCUGAAAAAGUUUAUCAAGUAAAUACUUUAGUAAAUUUAGUCUCGGUAGGUUCUUACAAUGAAACGCAAAGUAGCGCCUGUUUCAAUUAUAUAACUCCAGCGGCGAUACCUUUUUAUGAAUGUGUUUGUACCAGUUCUUUUUGUAAUCAAAAUAUUACGACAUGUAGCUUGCAAACCCCUUUGAAAUUUGAAACAACAACAACGACCACUACUACUACUACUACUACUACUACUACUACUAUCACAACAACAACUAUUAGCAGUACAACGACCACGAAUACUACCGCAACUGCUCAAACUACUGCUACAACGACUACGACUACGACUACGACUAUGAAUUCAACUACUACUACAACUACUCAGACUACAACAACAACAACAACAACAACAACAACAACAACAAAAUCAAUUGAACCAGGAGGUGAAAAAGGUCUUGGUAGUGUGGCAACAGCUGGUCUCAUUUGUGGAAUUGUUUUCUCUGCACUUAUAUUUAUCGGUGAAAUUUUGUUCUUUAAAUUUAUCUAUUCGACUAGGAACUAUGCUGCUAUUGUAAAAUCCGCUGCUUAUUGA